AUCCCCGAUCCCGACCGAAAGUUCUACUUUCACUUUAUCGAAACUUUACAACAGGUGUUACCAGUUUAUAUAUUUGUUAUAUUAUGACGAAGCGAGUCCUUGUUACGGGUGCUUCAGGUCUUUUUGGGAGAGCCAUUUACAAGGAAUUCCUGAGUGAUAACUCCUGGGAGACAUUGGGUCUCGCUUUCAGUCGGGCUAAAGAUAAACUAAAGAAGGUGGACAUCACUGAUGAAAGCCAAGUAAAAGAAGUCAUCAACUCUUUUAAACCAUCAGUUAUAAUCCACAGUGCUGCAGAGAGGAAACCUGAUGCAGUGGAAAAUGACCCUGAGGGCACCAAGAACCUUAAUCUGUCUGCCACAGAGUACAUCUGUCAGGCUGCAAAGAGCAUCGGUGCCUGGGUCCUGUAUAUUAGCACUGACUAUGUAUUUGAUGGGACUUCCCCUCCUUAUGAAGAGGAUGCAAAGCCUAACCCUCUCAAUAAGUACGGACAGAGUAAACUUGAUGGUGAAAAAAUUACACUACAAGCAUCUUCAGAUAAUUCUGUACUGCGAGUACCCAUCCUGUAUGGAGAUAUUGAGUACCUCUCUGAGAGUGCCGUCACAGUAUUGUUUGAAAAGAUCAUGGCGGGAUCUGAAUUAAUAGCAUCAGAUUAUGAGAAGAGAUACCCCACCCACUGUGGUGACAUAGCUGAUGCUAUUAGACAGCUAGCAGACAAAAGGCUUCAGGAUCCUGAGAAAGUAUGUGGUGUGUUUCACUGGUCAUCUAAAGAGGAAAUGACUAAAUAUGACAUGUCUGUUGCCAUGGCCUCUGCAUUCUCAUUGAGCACAGAGAACAUAAAACCUGACAGAAGCCCAUCCAAGGGGGCGCUCCGCCCUUACAACACCCACCUCUCCUGUAAGAGAAUGGAAGCUCUCGUCUCUGGGAGGAGGACACCAUUCUCUGAGGGCAUCAAGGCAGUCCUCCAGCCUUAUUUUAAAAAAUAGAAGCAACUUAGAGCCAAAAUGCUUGACUUAAUUUAUAUACAUUGUGCACACUGCUUGAGUGGUUUUAAUAUCUAUUGGGUAAAAUUAUGAUAAUCUUUUGUUACAUUUCAUUGUUUUUGUUAAUAUUUCUUAAAUAUACCUAAACUAUGAAUUUUAAAGGUUAAAAAAAAUGUAUAGCUUAAUGUACAUUUGAAUAGUUAAACUUAAUGUAAUAUACAUUGAACAUGCAUAAGUUGAUCAUUGUUGGAAAUACUUUGACAAUUCAUUCUUUAAACAAAAUGCUUUUUCAUUUGACCAAAACACCCAUAAAGAUUGUUGAAUUGUGUUGGGCCAGUAAAUUAAAUUUACUAGGCUAA